AUUUGGGCUCAAGCUAUUUUGGUAGAGGCGUGCUCCAGUCAGGUCCACGCUCCGACAGCCCCCACGCGCCGCGCUCAAGCACCUGGACGGAGAGAUGUACUCCAAGGAGCCACACCACUACCAGCCGUCGCGGGUCCAGGUGAAGAACACGUUCAUUGACAUCCCGGAGCAGGGCAUCGACCACGAUGACGGCAUCGACCUCAACAAGCUCCGCGCCGACAUGCUCCGGCGCCAGGUCUCGGACCCCGGCUCGACCUGCUUCGCCCGCCAGCUCUCCGGGGUGACCACUCCGCUGCCGCGGGCUCCAGAGGACGAGGUCGUGAUGGAGCACGGCCACACGGGCGCCCUCCCGGGCGGCGACGCCGCGCCGCCAGAGUGCGCCCUCCUGGGCGGCGGCGCCGCGCCGCCAGAGGCGGAUGGCUACCGCACGGACAGCUACGGCCCCCUGCACUUCAGCGGCCAAGCGCCGGCCAGCCACCAGGCGACCCCGCUGGCAGUCGCCGCGCACUGCGCGGGCAGGUCCGCCGCAGCGGUCGAGGCGCAGUCCGCCGGGUUGCCGCCCGAGUGGCGCGAGGCACGCACCGCCAUGAUGCGAAACCUGCCCAACAAGUACACCCAGCAGAUGCUGCUCAACGAGCUCAACCAGUCUGGCUUCUACGGCACCUUCGACUUCCUCUACCUUCCGAUAGAUCCAGAGACGGGGGUCAACCGCGGGUAUGCCUUCAUUAAUUUCAUCCAGCCGUGCUUCGCGUGGACGUUCAAGCAGACGUACGAGGGGCGCAGGAUGAGAAGCUUCAACUCCGGCAAGAUCGUGGGCGUUAUGCCCGCCGCCCUCCAGGGCUUCCAGGCAAACUAUGACCACUACGCCACUGCCCGAGUGAAUCGGGGGGACCCGUCCACCAGGCCGCUGUUCCUGCGCGAGCCCGACCCCUCGGACUCUGCGCCCGCGGCGGCCUCGCGCCGCGGCCGCAGGAGGCGCGGGGGCGGCGCCAGCGCGAUCGACCUGGCGACGCGCCAGCAGCAGAGGCAGCGCGGCGCCACAGAGCGCCAGCAUCGGGAAGAGCAGGAGGGAGGUCAGGCCGGCUGGCUGCAGGAGGACGAGGGCAGCGUCUGGGUCGACUCCCCGGCCGCCGCGGCCGCCCCCGGCGUGCCCGCAGAGGCCGCGCAUCACGCGCGGGGGGCCACGCCGCCCGUCGAGGAGCCGCCCGACCGCAAGCAGUGGGCGGCGAACUUCUGCCCGCACUGCGGGGAGAAGGUGCAGGUGCACUUCCUAUUCUGCAGCAACUGUGGCGGGAGCACUGCGAUGCCCAAUCAUCACCGAACCCGCGCUGGAUGGGCGAGGAGGUGGCGAUGAACACCGCCGCGUCGCCCGCGACGAUGUACUACAUGGUCAUGCCCAACUGCUACUCGGACGCCAGCCCGCCUAACUCUGGUCCCAACCAGACAUGGUUGGCCGCUUGAGCCUGAGGCCGGCGCUUCGACUUAAUGUUGGCCGGCGACCUUCCGCGUGUGCUUGCCAGGGAGAACGCAAGAUUCGCGAGAGAGGGGAAGGUGGGUCAGGCGCGUGGAGCGCGUCCGGCAGAGAAUACCCUUUUGGAUAGCACUUAUCUGGGAGGCCUCGCCGUGUUGGCAGGGUCCUACGUGAGUGCCCCUGCCGAGGUGCGGCGACGCAAUCCGCCGCAUAGCGCUAACACAUUUUUGCCAUGUGGGCCACUAUGCAUCAGCGCACGAACGACAUUCAAUCUACGACGAGCGCGUCUGUGGACGAGCGCACAGCACUGCGCAGCCGUGAUGCUUGUUCUUGUGAUUAGGGUGUUCUUUUCUGUGUCCUGGAAGGGCGGAGGCCCAGGGUUCUCUUUCAGAGGCUUACCUCCAGGGACGACUUGAAGAGGGCCAGCAAAUUUCCGAAAAGGCAGCGUUUGGCACGUCCCCUGGUGCCUGGCGCGUCAUUGCCCAGCACGGCACAGCGCAGCGCAGCACAACGCAGCCUCUGGCGCGCGAUAAUCACCAUCGAUAUUUUCAGCACAGCCACCGCCCAUAUCCCAAUUGCGCUGCUUUGAAGCGUUCCCAUGCCUUGCAGUUCUAAACCCGUUUCCGGGUUCGUGGGUCGAACUUGUUGUUGCUCUCUCGUUAUCUCGCAUGCUUCUCCUGAGUUCUGACCGCAUGCUGUCCUCUGCGUCGAAGGUGUCCUUGCCGCGUGGGAAGCACUGCCUCUGCUUGGCGGCCCUGCAGGAGUAGAUUGAGCAUAUUCACAUCUGUGCAUGUGUAUAAUAUAGAAAGUGCGCGCGUGCGGAGCAGAGCCUUCCUGAUGGGUGUUCGCGCGAGCCAUUGGCCAGGGCACUUGCGAGAUCAAUGGUGCUGCAGCCGGGCACACCAGGCUUGCAAGCAGAACGUGUUUGCCAUCGGGAAGCGUCUGACCCCGCGUCAAAUGUUCCCACAUGGUUCGUGUUGCUUGUCAGUUAUAUUAAAUGCCCGUCCGGCGCUUGUUAUAAUUGCUGGCUAUCCAGCUAAACAUUGCUGGUCACACGAGGCAAUGAGACAAAACGUCUUCAGCGUGUAGUGUCUUCUGGAGACCUAGAGUGGGACGGCCUACGCUAUUGAUGUCAAACGUUGUUCACCUUCAGAUGGUGAGAGGCUGUCUCUUGCACUCAACUGUUUAAGAAAUUUGCUUCCCAGGUCAGGAAGCACAUGGCCUUCCUGAUUAUUCCAAUGUGAGCCUCUCCUCGCUCCACUCUCUCUCUCUCUCACUCUCUCUCUCUCUCUUGUCCUUCAUUACCCUUCGAGCUCCCUCCUCUUCAUUCCCCCCCUCCUCCCCUGCCCUCCCUUUCUCUGCCUCCUGCUCAAGUCGCCGACUUGCCGAGCCUCGCCAGGCCCACCGUGUCAAGGGCAGGACAAAGCGACUGCCUCGGGGGUCAAUCGUCGAGUGCCGCGCCGGCCAAUUUCUCCGCCCGGGCAGUGCGAGCCCCGCUCGCGUGUCCCGGUCAAGAUCGAGUGCCAGAUCCAGCGCGGGGGCCCUUGACAAUCCAGGCGGCCGCUCGGCAAGCAGAGAGAGCGCGCGGCAGGUAGAAUGUGCAUUGGUACGAUUGGGCACUUUAGAGCAUGUGAGACUCUACGACACUACAGUGGGGG